AUUAAAAUCUGGGUGUCAAGGUAACAGAAUAUAAAGAAAAAAAUUUAAAUAUAAAUGAUCUCCAGAACAGAGACACAAAAAUUGCGCUUUUCUUUCUUCACUUUUGAUGUCUAUUAAAGAAAAAGAUUUUGUUAAAAAAGAUGUAUUCGAAAAUGCAUACGAAAAUGCAUCUGAAGAACACAUUGAACCAACUGAAAGCGAUUGGAAAGUACUAAGAGAAGUAUCGGAUAGCAUACCUAAAGCAGCUUACUUGGUUAUUGUUGUUGAAUUCUGUGAAAGAUUCACUUACUAUGGUCUAACCGGCCCAUUCCAAAACUAUAUCCAAAACCCUGAUCCUGGUCACUACCCUGCAGAAUAUCCCGGCGCAAUGGGACGAGGACAACAAACAGCGACUGCCCUUACCACAUUUUUCCAGUUUUGGUGUUACAUUACACCAGUCAUAGGUGCUAUUAUCGCUGACCAAUACUUGGGCAAAUACAAGACAAUUCUCAUCUUUGCCAUAAUUUACUUUAUUGGCUUAAUUCUCCUUACUCUGACCUCUAUUCCUUCUGCAAUUGCUACUGGAGCUACCUUCCCAGGCUUUAUCGUCUCUUUAAUCAUUAUUGGUCUUGCCACUGGUGGCAUCAAGUCCAAUGUUUCCCCCCUUGUUGCUGAGCAAUAUAAAAAUACGAAGCCAUACAUCAAGACCAUCCGCAAAAAAGUCUUUUCAAACCACUCCGUUGACGAAGGCGACCAUGCAGUGAAUCAUCAGGGUGAUGACGAAGUUCGCGUAAUUGUAUCUCCUCAAGCUACAUACCAAAAGCUAUUCAACAUGUUCUACUGGGGUAUCAACCUUGGUUCUCUUGCCUCAGUCACUACUGUAGUCCUCGAAAAGCAGGUUGGAUUUUGGGCUGCCUAUUUACUGCCAACCCUCGUCUUUAUUCCUGGUAUUCUCAUCGUCUUCUUUGGUAAAAAACAAUACGUGCUGACUCCUCCUCGUGGUUCCAUCUUUAUUGAAACUUUCAAGGUCAUCAGGUACUCAUGGAAAUAUGGUUUUGAAGGAUGCAAGCCAUCCAACUUACGUCAAGUCAACCCCGAGUUGGCAUCAAAGGCAACAUGGGAUGAUAUUUUCAUUGAUGAACUCCGUCGUACAUUCAGAGCCUGUGUUGUAUUUUGUUGGUAUCCCAUUUACUGGUUAUGUUACUCCCAAAUGACCAACAAUAUGGUUUCUAUGACAGCCACCAUGCAAACUGGUUCAGUUCCUAACGAUAUCAUGCAAAACAUCAACCCCUUAACUCUCGUCAUUUUCAUCCCUAUCAUGGACCGUAUCGUCUAUCCUGGUUUACGUCGUAUGGGUCUUCAUCUUGGCCCUAUGAUCCGUAUCACCUUGGGUUUCUUUUUUGCUGCCUGUGCUAUGGGCUAUGCUGCUGGUAUCCAAUCCUAUAUCUACAGUAAGCCUCCUUACUAUGAUCAUCCAACCGGUAACGGAAAGAACGAUGUAUCAGCUGGAUUGAUUAUCCCUGCAUAUGUCUUGAUCGGUAUUUCUGAAAUCUUUGCUUCCAUCACUGGCCUUGAAUACGCCUACAGAAAGGCUCCUGAAAAGAUGAAGUCACUUGUCAUGGCCAUUUUCUUACUUACCAAUUGUUUCGGUUCAAUUCUUGGAUUUGCUCUUGUUUCUGUUGCAGAAGACCCCAAGCUCAAGUGGAUGUAUACUGGUAUUGCCAUUGCCAUGGGUGUCUGUGCCCCACUCUUCUAUUUCUGCCACGGCAGUAACGAUAAAACUGAUAUGCAGGAAGAUGCUAUUCAAAGAAGUGCAGAAAAAGAAGAAGUUGUUGUCGAGUAUGAGGUCGAAGCCAAGCCUACUGUAUAAAAACAAUUUAUAUGUGUGUAUAAAUUGCGUGUAUUAUAAAAUGCCAUACAUAUACUAAUAGUAAUAACGAUAAUAAAG